GUGUCUGCUGGAGGGAGUUUUGUAUCAUGGAGUUUCACAUCUGAUGCCUUUAUUUAUUUUAGAGCUAAACCAUGUCUCAUCCAUUUCAAAACGUGACUCUUUCUCUGACUCUACCGAUUUCCUGCCAGAUAUGCCUAGGAAAGGUGCGUCAUCCGGUCAUUUGUUGCAACAACCACGUGUUCUGCAACACCUGCAUUAAAGUUUGGCUGGAGAAGAACAGCCAGUGCCCGACCUGCAGAGUGGCCAUCACAGCAGAAAACCCCUGCAGAGAAAUCAUUGGGGCAACAGCUGAUAGUGAGUCCAGCGAGAGCCGCUCUGUAAAGAGACGCCUCAGAAGGACCCGAGGAGAGCUGCUUUUCCGGGAAUAUGAGGAUGAAAUCGAAUCCCUUCUGAAGGAGAACGAGGAUUUGAAAAGCCAAGCCUUGAGCCUUGAGAUGCAACUCAAGACAGCUCUGGAACCAGCCUCCGUCUCAGUUCCUCAGACUGAAACCAGCAGCGCUGUUGACCCGAGUGUUCUCGAAGAGUCGGCCAAUAAGCUUAGAGCUGCCAAUGACCUCUACUGGAAGGUCAACCAGGAUCUCGACAGACUAAAAGAGGCUAACAAGACUCUACGGUCACAGAAUUUUGACCUAAUCCAAGAAAAUAUGCGUUUGAAAGCCGAAGUUGACAGCAGAUCUCCACAAAAAUUUGGCAGGUAUACUGUUGCAGCCCUGGAAGCUAAAAUCCACCAGUAUGAGCGGGACGUAGCCCAGCUGAGGAGAGCUCUAGAGCGCAGCGAUAAGUACAUCGAAGAACUCGAAUCCCAAAACCAGAGGGACGGACCUCAAUCUGAAGAGGCCGUGCACUCCAGCACUGCGUUUGGGGAAACGGAAGAUGGAGGAGUUGAAAGAAUUACCCUGAUGCGGAGGAGCUUGAGUCAAAUGGAAGAGACUUCUGUUUAUACAGAUCUGGACCAAGAGCCUACACAGCUCCCCAACAACCACUCUCGCCUCCUGACAACAUCCGAUGUGAGCCAAAGGGUGGAUAUUUUAGAAGGGCCCUUGACUCCUCAGAAGGAUGUUACGGUUCCCUCUACUCCUUCCUCGGCUCUCAGAUCUCUGAGCUUAAAGAGUCCUGGUGUUUGCAGUGACAGGAAGUUGGGUCUCAAGCCUCUCACGUACCUGAGAAGACUCAGCUUUGACGAUUGUCAGACCUCAACCAGCUCAGUCAACCAAAACCCGAGAACCUUCCAAGUGAGCACAGGUGCUUCUUUCGAUCAGAAACCCUCUGUGAACUCUGACAAUGAGGCCUCCUGUAUGGGCUGGAUGGACGGCACACCUGAGCUUCCUCAGCCGGAUGAAAACGGAGAGAAGUUCAAGCAGUCUGAAAACACAUCUUUGGCCGAGGACCUGACGGGAAACAGCGAAGCUUGCAUGGAUGCGGCAUAUCUGAACAAGAUCUCUGAGUUGGAUUCUAUGAUGGCUGAUGGUGAGAGCUCCAGCGGUCAGGUCUCUCAUCUUCCCAUAGCAUCCUCUUCAUCAUGCUCGCCAGCCUUUGAUGCCACACAAAUACCAGAGCUGGAUUUCUGUAGCAACCUCUUAGCUGAUCCCGGAACGGCAAGAGAGAACCAGGCCACAUCAACGACGCAGGAGAACAACUGUGAUGCCGCUAACACUUCUGAGGAAAAAGUUUCAUUUGUUGAUUUUGCAGAACAUCCCGGGCAGUCCACCAAACGCAAGUGUCCCACAGGAUCGGAUAUCUCCAGCCCCUCCAAACUUUCAAAACUAAGUUAGAAGCAGAAACAUUGCAGAUAUUUUCUUGACCACCGCUGUUCUCUCUGGACUUUCUUACAGAUUUACCUUGCUGUUCAUUAUUGCGACAGCAGUCCUUAACAUCUGUAUGCCGAGGAAGGUGCUAAUAUCAAACAUUCCUUCUUAUGAAUUGAGUCCAUAUAUUUUUGCAUUGAAGAGAUCUCAUUCAUUGUAUUUGAACUGUAAA